AUGGUUUCAAGCAAUGCAAAGGCCACCAUCACCUUUACCGAAGUAGAUGAGACCAACCAUCCGACGGCGACGUACAUCUACUCCGAGAGUCAAGAACCUUCUUCCAGUUCAGAUGACAAGAUCGCCAGGAGGGGGAGGGUGGAUGUAUUACAUCCUUCUUCUGCCCCCUCCUCGCCACGGUCUCUAAAGACUCUCGUCGACCUGCUCGUCGACGUCUUCCUUCCAUCUGGAUACCCACACAGUGUCACUGAUGACUAUCUUCCGCGAGUUUACUUCCAUCUCGCAACCCCACAACCCACUAACAACCCCCUAGGCGUCGGGGUCGGCAACGCCGAUGCCACCCCAACAUCAGCCCUGCUCCUGCACAUCCUGCAGGACACUUCUGGGCGGAUCGCCACGAUCCUCUUCGCCCACCGCGUCGGGACCGCCCUCGAGCCCGAGUGUAAGAUGUACCGCCUCGCGGCCGAUGUGUUCAACGACCUCGCCAUGAUCCUGGAUUGCCUGUCGCCGAUGAUCCCGGCGGGCGUCAGCCGCAUCACCGUGCUCAGCACGGCUGGUGUGUUGAGGGCACUGUGUGGAGUGGCCGGGGGAAGCUCCAAGGCGAGUCUGAGCGCGCAUUUUGCGCGCGGGGGGAACCUCGCCGAGGUCAAUGCCAAAGACUCUUCUCAGGAAACAAUUAUCUCCCUCGUCGGGAUGCUGGUCGGCUCCCUCGUCGUCUCACACGUCACCGGCUUCGCCGCAACCUGGCUCAGCCUCCUCUUCCUCCUCGCCGCCCAUCUAGCCAUGAACUAUGCCGCCGUGCGCGCCGUCCAAAUGACCAGCCUCAACCGACAGCGCGCCAACAUCGUCUUCUCAACCCUCCUCGACUCCGACCCAGCCUUCACCCUCGCCCCGGAUCCCCAAUCCAACACAGCCUCCCUCCCCCUCCCCCUCCCCAACCCGCCAACCCCAGCCCAAGUCUCUUACCACGAAACCAUCUUCGAGCGAGAUGGCCUCCUCGCCUGGAAGCCAAUAUCAGUGUCCUCAACGCCAUUGCCAACCCUCAAGCUGGGCUACGCCCAUAUCGGCGUCUCGCUGACCCGCUUCCUGCGUCUCAAAUCCAGCAGUAGCAGCAGAAGCAGAAGCAGCCCACCCCCGCUCACCCUCCUCGCAACCCUCUUCGCAGACGAAGAAUACAUCCUCUUCAUAACCCAGGCAUCAUCGAGACCAACAUCGGCACCAACCUACCACGCCGGCAUUCUGCUCAAGAGGUCUUGCGGCGCGCGCGCGCAGCUCAAGGCGUGGGCGCAUGCGUUGCUUGCGGCGCGGGUUCUUUCUUCGUCUGCGUCUGCGUCUGCGUUUUCAUCGUUGGAUUCGGGAGAAGAAAGAGAAGGAGAAGGAGAAGGGCGGCUGUUGGGGGUUGUUGCGGAUACGCUGCGGUUUUUGAAUCGCGGGGACCGGUUUGGGGAGUACCUCCGUGUGCUUGAGGCCGCCGGGUGGGAUCUUGAUAUAGCUGCGUUGGAGACGAGGUCGGGGCGGAGGAUUGCGGUUGAUAUGUAG